AUGGACACGACAACAACUCGGAGAGAGUGGUCGGCCGCCAUCGCUGCUCUCUUCCCCGAGAGCGACGAGUGCGUGUUCCCGUUAAUCGAGCGCGCCAUCGACAAAGAGGUCGCCUCCACAGCGUGCGAGGCCCAGCUUUGGCGCGAGGAGUCGCUCAUGGUGGACCUCGUGGGCGAGUUUGUCCGCGCGGCCUCCGCCAAGCCCUUGGCCAAGCUCGCACCCCUAGUCAGGGAAAUCAUGAAGGAGGCCAAGAAGAAGGAGGACCUGGAAGGCGAGGCGCUCACGCGGUGGCUUGUGGCCUGCUCCGAAAAGAUGUUCAAAGCCGUGCUCGAGGUCAUCGAUGACUCUCCCAGCCUGGUCAAGAGGGCCAUCAAGCACCUGUACCUGGCGGCCAAAGAGCGCUUCCCGGCUUUCGAAUUUCGCGCGGUGGGCGCGCUCGUCGGACUCCGCUGCUACUGUCCGGCCAUCGUCUCACCGGAGCUGUACAACCUCGUGAAGCCCGGCAAGGAGAUUUCGAUCGUGGCGCGGAAGGCGCUGGUGAAGAUCGCCAAGCUGCUGCAGAACGUGUUCAACGAGACGGGCGUGGAGGAGGACGCCACCUCGCCGGAGCUCUCCCAGAACUUCAUCCGCAGCUGCAUCCCCAAAUUCCACUCCACCAUUUUCAUGAUCACCGAGGGCCGUCGUCUGAGCGAUUCGGAUAUUAAUGGCAGCGGCAACCUGCCCGGCAGCAUCGGCCAGGCCCAGGACGCCGAUGGCGAGCCCACGUCGCCCUCGGCCUUGUCGAGCGGGAUGAAGUCGCUCGGCCGCAAGUCGCUCUUCUCCACCAAGAAGCGAACCAAGUUCAGCACCGGCGGCGGCAGCAGCGGCGGCGGCGGCGUAAGCGGUGGCGACGCCGAACUCACCAAUCUGAACAACUCCGAGCUCGUGUCGCCGCGGUCUCCGCGCAACGAGCCGGCAUUGAUGCCCUUCGCGGCCAGCGACGGACUGGUGCAGCUGCACCCGCCCGGCCCGCACGUCAUGGCCCGACUGGCGAUCGUGCGCAGCGCCGACGAUCUCGGGCGCGAGGAGCACAUACGCGCAUCGCGCCAGCAGACGCGAUUCCUGCUGUCGUCCCUGUCGCCAUCCGGCUCGAGCGACGACGAAGACACGGAGGACAGCAACUGCAGCGCGACCAGUUCGAGCAGCAGCGGCGGCGGCGGCGGCAACGAAAGCAGCGAAGACAGCAUGACCAUGGGCAACGGCAACGGUCGGGUCUACAAGCAGUUGUCGCGCAGCUCGGGCACGGCCACGGCCCCGGACAGCGGAGUUGGCCUCAUCAAGCGACCGGCCCGGUUCCCCGUCCUUGAUAGUGAUCCGCCCGCCCGCUCUCAAUCCGCCGACUCCCUGCUCACCAGCUCCGUCGACGCCACUGUGUUGGCCAAGUGGUCCUACAAGGAGUUGGUGGAGUACCUCCACAAGACCGGUUUCUCCGAAGACACGCGCCACGCCAUCAAGAAGGGCAAGGUCUCCGGCGAGGCCCUCCUCAAGCUCGAAAACGCCUCGCUGCACGCGCUGGGCAUCGGCAAGCUGGGCGAGCGCAAGCGCUUGCUCAAGCUCAUCCGCGAGGCCGGCGAGUACAGUUCGUUCGCCUUCCUCGACCGCGUCGACAUGGUCGAGUGGUCGGCUGAGGAGGUGGCCAGGUGGGCCGGCGUCAACGGCUUCGAGGAGUACCAGGGCCUCAUCGUGUCGCGCGGCGUCACCGGCGCGCAGCUCAUGCGCAUGGACCACGUGCAGCUGAGCGACAUCGGCAUCACCAAGUGGGGCCACCGGCAGCGCAUCCUGCGGCUCAUCGACGAGGCCCGCGCCUGCGUCAUCUCGCCGCGAAGCAAGAACCGCGUAACGGUGUGGACCACGGGCGAGGUGCUCAACUGGCUCAAGGCCACGGGCAUGGAGCAGUACCAGUCCAUCUUCUCCGCCGAGCGCGUGGCCGGCGCCGAGCUGCUGCAGCUCACGGAGCCGAUGCUGGUCCAGAUGGGCGUCACCUCGCUCGGCCACCGGAAGCGACUACUCCGCAACAUCGCCACCCUCCAGGCCGGCGGCGAGGUCAACUGUGUGUGA